AUGAGCGUGUUCAAGGAGCCGGUGACCUUCCAGGACGUGGCUGUGGUCUUCACCGAGGAGGAGCUGGGGCUGCUGGACGCUGCCCAGAGGAAGCUGUACCGAGAUGUGAUGCUGGAGAACUUCCGGAACCUGGUCUCAGUGGGACAUCAGCCCUUCAGACAAGAUAUAUUAGAUCUAGAAAGAGAAGAGAGGCUUUGGAUGAUGAAGACAUCACCCCAGUUGGAGAGAAAUUCAGGCAAGAGCAAUCAAAGUGAGUUGAGGACUGUUCCAGACAGAGGACUACAUGAAGAGCUUUCCUGCUGGCAGAUCUGGCAGCAGGCUAUAAAUGACUUAACCAGGUGUCAGGACUCCAUGACAAAUAGUUCUCCAUUCCACAAACAAGGUGAUUCCCCCUGUCAGGUUGGGGCAGGACUGACUACUCCAAUUUCUGAAGAGGAAAACUACUUACUCAAUCAGAAAAUGAAUGGUCCCAGUGACACUGGAAAUCCAGAGUUUCAAACUUGGAGAGCCCAGGGUUUUUGGAGGAAAACUUCCCUGACCGAGUCACAGAAUUAUCAGAAUAGAUAUCAACAAUAUUCCAUGAAAGGUAAAUCCUGUCAGCAUAAAUGGGAUGUCAACACCAGCAGUUGGGUAUCACAUCGCCUUGAUGAUUGUGCAAUACACAGAAGUGAAAAAUCUUGUAGGCACAAUAAUUAUGAAAGAGACAGCAUGAAAAUAUCAACAUUGGAUCUAAAUAAUGUGAUUCAUGUGGGACAAAAACCUUACCAGUGUAAUGAGUGUAAAAAAAUCUUCAGGGAUCUCUCCACCUUUGAUCUUCAUCAGCAAGUACACUCAAAGGAGAAGUCGCAUGUAUGUAGUGAGUGUGGAAAAGGCUUCUGUUAUAGAUCAGGUCUUCAUAUUCAUCAGAGAGUUCACCUGGGAGAAAAAAGGUAUAAGUGUGAUAAUGAUUGUGGUAUGGAAUUCAGUCAAAGCUCACAUCUGCAAAAUCAUGAGAAAGUCCACAUGGUAGAGAAACCAUUCAAAUGUGAGGAAUGUGGGAAAGGCUUCAGUCGUAGAUCUGCACUUACUAUUCAUUGUAAAUUACACAUGGGAAAGAAACCAUUUAAUUGUGAGGACUGUGGGAGGGCCUUCAGUCAGGCCUCUCAUCUUCAGGACCAUCAGAGAGUCCACACCGGGGAGAAGCCAUUCAAAUGUGAUGUGUGUGGUAAGAGCUUCAGUAGGAACUCACAUCUUCAGUCCCACCAGAGAGUUCAUACAGGAGAGAAACCAUAUAAAUGUGAAGAGUGUGGGAAGGGCUUCAUCUGCAGCUCAAAUCUAUACAUUCAUCAGAGGGUUCACACAGGAGAAAAACCCUACAAAUGUGAGGAAUGUGGUAAAGGCUUUAGUCGGCCCUCAAGUCUGCAGGCCCAUCGGGGAGUCCACACUGGAGAGAAAUCAUACAUAUGUCAUGUGUGUGGUAAAGGCUUUACUCUGAGUUCAAAUCUUCAAGCCCAUCAGAGAGUCCACACUGGAGAGAAACCAUACAAGUGCAAUGAGUGUGGGAAGAGCUUCCGGAGGAACUCCCACUAUCAAGUUCAUCUGGUGGUCCACACAGGAGAGAAACCCUAUAAAUGUGACAUAUGUGGGAAGGGCUUCAGUCAGAGUUCAUAUCUUCAAAUCCAUCAGAAGGCUCACAGGAUAGAGAAACCUUAUAAGUGUGAAGCGUGCGGGCAGGGCUUCAAUCAGAGCUCACGACUUCAGGUUCACCAGCUGGUCCAUACUGGGGAGAAACCAUACAAAUGUGAAGAAUGCGGGAAAGGAUUCAGUCGUAGAGCAGAUCUUAAAAUCCAUUGUAGAAUCCACACAGGAGAGAAGCCAUAUAAUUGUGAGGAGUGUGGGAAGGUCUUCAGGCAGGCCUCAAAUCUUUUGGCCCAUCAGAGAGUCCACAGUGGGGAAAAGCCAUUCAGAUGUGAUGAGUGUGGGAAGAGCUUUGGUCGGAGUUCACACCUUCAAGCCCAUCAAAAAGUCCACACUGGAGAAAAGCCGUACAAAUGUGAGGAGUGUGGGAAGGGUUUUAAGUGGAGCUUGAAUCUUGACAUGCAUCAGAGGGUCCACACGGGAGAGAAACCAUAUAAGUGUGGGGAGUGUGGUAAGUACUUCAGUCAGGCCUCGAGUCUUCAGCUUCAUCAGAGUGUCCACACUGGAGAGAAACCAUACAAGUGUGAUGCGUGUGGUAAAGUCUUUAGUCGGCCUUCACAGCUGCAGUCUCACCAGAGAAUUCACACUGGGGAGAAACCUUAUAAGUGUGAGAUAUGUGGUAAGAGCUUCAGUUGGAGAUCAAAUCUUACAAUUCAUCACAGAAUUCAUGCUGGUAAUAAGUCCUCUAAAAGUGAUAGUGCUGGUAAGAACAUGAGAGGGUCAACACAGGUAAAAUGUUUUAUAAAGUGAUUUUUUAAAAAAACUCAAGUGUCGUGAAU